CAUGGUUUCCCAUUGAAACCAUCUGAAAACACUCUUAGCUUCUACAUUGUUUACAUGUGCCAUUACAUCCAACCAUCUUCCGUCAAAAGCUACUUGUCAGGGAUUUGCGCGGAGCUUGAAGGCGCCUGGCCUGACAUUCGCUCAAUCAGGAACUCCCCCUUCAUAUCACGCUGCCUUAGUGGCUGCAUGAAGCUGCACAACACCCCAACCACCUGCAAGAGACCUCUAAUGGAGGAUGAUCUUAUUCUGAUCCAAAACAGCCUGCCACAAUCUCCUGCCCAUGAUGACAAGCUUUUCAUUGCGAUGGUUUUGACUGGCUGGCAUUGCUUGAUGAGACUGGGUGAACUUGUGGACCCAGACUCUACUGCACUGCGCAACUUCCAAAAGACCAUACUGUACCCACGCGACCAACUACCGGUGCAUCCCAAGCUUCGUUUUAACAAAACACCUUGCCCACACAUUUCGUUUAUCCUGCCAAUGCACAAAGCUGACCAUCUGUUUGAAGGUUCUACAAUUGUACUAGAAGGUCGGAAUAAUCAACUGGACCCUCUGUCCACAUUCACGCAGUACUUGAUAUCGCGUGACCAUGACUUUCCCCACCUUCCUGAACUCUGGCUCACAGCAAAGGGGACCGUUCCAACAUGCUCCUGGUUCUUGAAACAACUUUAUGCGGUUUUUCCAAAUGACAACAUCAGCAGACAUUCCCUACGUUCAGGCGGCGCCACUGCACUUGCGCUGGCAGGAAUGCCACUGCCUCGAAUCCAA